GUCUCCAUUGCAGUUACGACAUUUGACUACACCUUUAUCACCCAUAUUCUUCAAUUUAUCAAGAUUAUCUUCUUCAACCUUAUUUUCUUCUUCCUUGCUAGAAAUGAACUGCAUAAAUACAUCUUCACCGCCGACUGUAGUUGCAGGAUUAGGUCCAGGCCUAUCAUCUACGGAAUCUCCAAAUUUAGCCCAAUUUUUGCGUACAGCAAUUGUUUUUGAUACUAUACGUCUUUCAAUCUUAUAUGUGCGAACAACUUUGACUUUCUUAUUAUCUGAAUUGUAUUUAUAUUCAGUAAGAAUUUUGAAUCCAUUUUCAUAAGUUUCUGAUGGUGGAGGCAAUACUCCUCCUCCUCCCUCCUCUUCUACUUCAUCAGCCCAACUAGAUUUCACAUCUGCUACUGGCAUCUUUGAAACCUAUGAAACUAAUACCAAAGAAAAUUAUUAUUCGUAAUAUUUAAAAAGAUUAUCAGGCUAUUAACCAUAUAAAGUUUACUUUCAUGCGUAAAAACGGAUUAAAUGCGUUAAAUAUGUGACAAAAGUGACACAAUAAUUUACAGAAAUUAAAGGAAUCACGAAGAAAAUUGAAACUAACACAAAACGCUCCAAGAAAUUGACAGGAAAGCAGGACUUCUUCAGCGAGAACGAAAUCAGUCGAAAUGGAGGAAUUUCCGCAUGUGAUAACUCGGCGUGUCGCAGCCCUGGCGGCAAUUCUAUAAAACAUGAAUGCUCCGAAAUUAAUGGCGACGUCUAGCGUUGUCGUGUUCACUGUAAAAAAAUAAUGUUUCCCAGAGCCGAGUUUCGAUCGUAUACAAAAAGGUGUUAACGUAGCUAAAAAAGAACGUAAUCCAAUUCAUCGCAAAAGCAAAACAGUAAUCGUGAUAAUGGACCAGGCACCUGCAGAUACAGAGUUACGGAACAUCAUAGACAAACUGGCACAGUUUGUGGCCCGCAAUGGACCCGAGUUCGAGCAGAUGACGAAAAACAAGCAGAAGGACAACCCAAAGUUUGGUUUCCUGUUUGGUGGAGAGCACUUCAACUACUAUCAAUACAAAGUGACUACAGAGCAAGCCAGUAAGUGGGAUACAGCCCCUUAACAGCUACAACAAUUGAGAAGCAUAAUGGCCAUUUCGCAGCAGCAGCAAACAGCCGCUACCGUCGCGCAGCCACUGAAUAACGUCAAUCUUGCACCUGGCCUAAGUACUCAAAACAAUGGAUUAAACCCAGUAGUGGGAAUUGGACCAGUGGGAAAUCAAGCUGGUCCUGUUAUACCUGGAGUACCUGGACAAAUUGGAGGACCAGGAAAUGCAGGACCACCGAUUGGACCAGUUCCUGGUGCUAUGGGAGGUGUGAACCCACCAAUUGCUGGAGUUACGCAACCGGUUAAUAUUGGCGGCCCCCCUGGAUGGCUUCAGAAUGAACUAGCAAACCUGCAAUCGCAGCAAACUACGCUACAGGAACAAGUUAGACAAUCAGAGCAAAAUCUGGCUGCACAACAUGCUGCAUUGAUGGCACAACAACAAGGACGGGUUGAGGAUGCUGUUAGACAAGCUCAAGAAACAGCUUUGCAAAAUAGUGCGCAAACCACAAACACAGAUCUUGCUGCGUUUGAUGCAGUACUACAGCCUAUUAUUGAUAGCUGCACAAAAGAUAGCAUAAGUGCAGGGAAAGCCUGGAUACUUCAGAAUUCUGUUACUCCACAAAGUAAUCAAGUUGUCGCGGAUCAUUUGUUGAAAAAAGUAAUUCAAGCAACAAAUUUUAGUCACAAAUUGCACAUUAUCUAUUUGGUGAAUGAUGUCUUGCAUCACUGUGCAAGAAAAAAGUCUAUGGAUCUUCGCAAGGCAAUGGAAAGUGUUGUUGUUCCAAUGUUCUGUAACACUUCACUAGCUGCAUCAGAAGAACAACUUAAUAAAUUAAAUAAACUAUUAAGCUUGUGGGAGUCAAAAAAUAAUUACUUUGAUGAAGGAAUUAUAGAUAAAUUGAAACAGCCAAGUACAUCUUGGUCUGAAUACCAGGCCAAUUUGGUUGCGCAACAUGCUAAUGCAAUUACACCGAUAACAACUUCGACAAAGCAGACUUUUGAUAAUUAUCAAGCGCAACAUCAAGCAUUCGUUACUCACGCAUUACGGCAAAUUCAAAAUAUAGAACAGCAGAAAAUAGCAAUUGAUCAACAAUUGAAAGCCCCACCUCCACCGCCACCCCAAUUGAAUCAACAAAAUAUGUCUAUACCACCUAGUCAUUCCGGUCCUCCAGCUCCGAUUGGUACGGAUGUAAAUUUCAGUCAGCCACCGCCCGGAUGGGGUGUACCGCCUGGAAACGAUCCUCCGCCAUUCACAAAUGUCCCAUUGCCAGAUUUUUCGAAACCUCCACCUGGAUUUGGUCCGCCGCCGGUUAUACAUGAACCAUCCGUUGAAGAUUUAAUGCCCAGUAUGCCUUACUAUGAACUUCCUGCUGGUUUGAUGGUUCCUUUGAUCAAAUUAGAAGACGCCGAAUACAAACCGUUGGAUCCAGAUGCUAUUAGACUACCACCGCCCGCUCCGCCAAGUGAGCGGUUAGUAGCGGCUGUAGAAGCAUUCUAUGCGCCGCCGAAUCAUGACUCGCCACGGGACAGUGACGGAUGGGAGAAGUUAGGUUUAUAUGAAUAUUAUAAAGCGAAAAAUGCCGCACGUAAACGCAAAGAAGAAGAUAUUGCGGCUGGCAUAAGGCAAAAGUCCAAAUCACCAUCGCCGAUUUUGAGGCCGAGGUCCAAAAGUCCUAGUCCACCAAAGAAACGAUAUCGAAGUAAAUCGAGAAGUAGAUCACGUUCGAGAUCGAGGGGUAGAAGCAGAUCCAGAUCUCCAGCGACUAAUCACAGACGCAAUAGCCGUAAUAGCAAUCAUAAUAACAGGAGCAGAAGGAGGAGGAAUAGCAACAAGGACCGAAGUCCUGACAGACGAAUGGAUAGACAAGAUCGGAGUCCAACUCCGCCUAGCUUUCUCGGGUCAACGUAUAGUAAAGCCCCUCAAGAAAUUGGUAUCGAUGAAAGUAAUAAAGGUCAUCAGUUACUCAAGAAAAUGGGUUGGGGUGGUGCAGGACUCGGUGCCAAUGAACAGGGUAUCGAGGCUCCUAUUUCCGGAGGUGAAAUUAGAGAUAAAAAUGAUCAAUACAAGGGCGUCGGUAUUAAUUUGAAUGAUCCAUACGAGAACUUUAGAAAAAGUAAAGGUCAAGCAUUUAUAACCAGAAUGAAAGCGAGAGCGGAGGAGCGGGCCGAAGAAAGAGGUGAACGGGACUGAAUGUAAUCGAGUAAAGUAACGAUAUUGUCUAUAAUCAUUUUGACGAUAGGUAUAAUUACCGCGUACACAGUGUAUAUCCACGCGAUUCCAUGAUCGAUACGAUGAUCCGGGCGGUGAGUUUCUGCGAUUUUAUCGCGUAAAGUGUAGAUUACAAACGGCGGGGAUUGAUUUUUGAGAAUCCAUUAUAUUGUCAUGUACGUUCUUGAAUGAGAUUUUAUACCAUUCUUCUCAUUUGGAUUGCACGAAUGUUACAUAGUAAAUGUUCAUCUGUAAAAUUGCCAAAGUAUGAGUACGCGUGUUACAUAGUUUUAUGUUUUCAAUAAGAAUAACGAAACAAUUAUUUUAUCAUACUUGGGCGAGAUACGAAUAUUUCUAUGGUGGAUCGAUCAUGCGUGGAGGCACACCUUCUAUUUGUACAUUCCCGCGCGAGGGAAGUACGAACGAAUCGAAUGAUUGGAAAUGAAAAGGACAAUUAUUUAUAAUGAUGAUCGCCUGUUUGUAUACAUAAGGCAACGAUCACCGUAACCUUACGAUACCGAUGGUGCACCAGGAAGUGACUGUUAUUUACAAAAUCGAUUCUUCGUGGUGCAUGGUGCGAUAAAAGAACAGUUUUAUACAAUUUCUGUACAUUAUGUACAAAAAUCUUCGGCAAUGUUACCGCUAAAUAAUAAUAGAUAAAUUGUCUAUUAAGAAUUUGAAUAACUCGAUGAUAAAAUAUUAACCUUAAUCAUACCAAACGGACCGAUUAAUCGUAUUUAAACAAUUUUUCAUCUACGGAAUUAAAGUCGACCAAUUGCGCAGUUUAUCGUCCAUUACGAAACUUAAAUGAUACGCUUACAUUUUAACUGUACCCAUCACUACAUCGUACCGAGGUUCGGUACUCUCCCAUUUCAAAUGGUAAAACUAUCUCACUAAACAUUAAUCGAGCAAUUGUAACCUGUCGGUGUGUACAGGACUAAGAGGAUACG